UUUCGAACCGUGGCUGGGGCGGUGGCGGCGGCGGCGGCGGCGGCGGCAGCGAAAGAUGCACCCGGCAGGCUUGGCGGCGGCGGGGACGCCCCGGCAGCCCUCGAAGCGGAGGGUACCUGUGUCCCAGCCGGGCGUGGCUGACCCCCACCAGCUUUUUGAUGACACGAGUUCGGCCCAGAGCCGGAGCUACGGGGCCCAGCGGGCACCAGGUGGCCUGGGCUACCCUGCAGCCUCCGCCUCGCCCCAGCCAGCCUUCCUGGCUGAUCCUGUGUCCAACAUGGCCAUGGCCUACGGGAGCAGCCUAGCCGCGCAGGGCAAGGAGCUGGUGGAUAAGAACAUCGACCGUUUUAUCCCCGUCACCAAGCUCAAGUAUUACUUCGCUGUGGACACCAUGUAUGUGGGCAAAAAGCUGGGCCUGCUGUUCUUCCCCUACCUGCACCAGGACUGGGAGGUGCAGUACCAGCAGGACACACCAGUGGCCCCCCGCUUUGAUGUCAACGCUCCUGACCUCUACAUUCCAGCCAUGGCUUUCAUCACCUACGUCUUGGUGGCUGGCCUGGCGCUGGGGACCCAGGAUAGGUUCUCCCCAGACCUCCUGGGGCUGCAGGCGAGCUCGGCAUUGGCCUGGCUGACAGUGGAGGUGCUGGCCAUCCUGCUCAGCCUCUACCUCGUCACUGUGAACACAGACCUCACCACUGUUGACCUGGUGGCCUUCUUGGGCUACAAAUAUGUUGGAAUGAUUGGCGGGGUCCUCAUGGGCCUGCUCUUUGGGAAGACUGGCUACUACCUGGUGCUGGGCUGGUGCUGUGUGUCCAUCUUUGUGUUCAUGAUCCGGACGCUGAGGCUGAAGAUCCUGGCGGAGGCGGCGGCCGAGGGCAUCCCGGUGCGUGGGGCGCGGAACCAGCUGCGCAUGUACCUGACCAUGGCCGUGGCGGCCGCGCAGCCCCUGCUCAUGUACUGGCUCACCUUCCACCUGGUGCGGUGAGAGUGGCCCGCGAGCCUCCAGCUGCUGCUUCCUUCCGGCGGCCACCGCGCUGUCUCCGCUCAUCUCCCGGCUACCUGCCGGCCACAGGGUCUGCCCUGCAGCCCGAGUCCCUCCUUCCCCAUCCUCGCCGAGGUGCUGAGAUCUCCAGCUGCACAGGCCGCCCCCCCACUCCCCAGUGCGGCCACUGAUCCAGAAACAAUAAACCGUGAUGGGCACGGCG